CUCUCUCUCUCUCUCCCUCUCUCUCCUCUUCCUUGUCCACUCUCUGACACACUGUUCUCCUCAUGGCGUAAACACUUGAUGGCUGGUAGUGCAAGCAAAGCAAAGGAACCACCCUACCUUUAAUCUCCUUCUCUUAAACUCACUGUAUUCCUCUUUGUCUGUAAAAAAAGGGAAAAAAAAAUUAUUUUUUUUUCAUUUUUCCUUCUCUCUCCUCUCUCUCUCUCUCUCAUUUUGGACCUCAACCCUACUAUAAGCUCCUUGUUUAGUGCUUCCUUCACUGGCCAAAGCCCAAUGCAAAAUUCUCUCUUAUUCUCUCCUCUCUUCUUCUUCACCGCCCAGUACUUAGUUCUUUUUUAGUACACUAAAUUCUCUGUUCUCUCUUCUUCUUAGCCAAAAACUUGUGUGCUCAUCAUGGAAGGUGUUUAAGUUCAAGAAUAUUAUAUAUCAAAGAGAAGUUCAUGUGGGUGAUUUCUUGAUAUUAUCUUCGUAGUCUUUAAGCCUCCCAUUUCCAUUUCUAGAGAGAAGGAAAAAGAAAGAAAAGAAGGGUUUUCUUAUUAGCCUUUCUUCUUCAUCUAUCACUUUCUUUUAGGGAGUUGUUAGUUUUGACUCUCUUUCUCUCUCUCACUUUCAAGAAAGAAAAUAGAGAUGGAAAUGUGUGGAGAGAGAAAGUUGUUCUUUUGCUUAUAUUGGUCUGCUCUCAUUGCCAGCUUCUGUCUACAGUAUUACUGAAUUUGCUGCUUCUUUCUUUUUCCUUCCAAGUUGACCUUUCAAGUAGAAAAUACAUGAGAUGGACAUCCCAUGGAGGUCUAGCCAUCUAGGUAGUUGAUUACCCUUUUGUUUGCUUUCAAGCGUUUGAUCAGAAGGAUUGGCCCUUGUGUCAUCCAUAACUACUCUCUAUCUCUCUAUCUCUCAGCAACUGUUUCUCAUCAAUUACGUUAAGAUAUCCUAAACUCUUAUUUGCAAUUCCUUAGGUGGGUCAUUCUUCCUUUUUUUUUUUUUUUUGAACUCUCAAAAUCUUUUUCUAAGGGCUUGCAAGAUAGCUAACUAGAACAGUAAGAAUUAUACAUAGGUUAUAGUCCUCUACUGUGUUGUUGUUGCUGCUUCUAAAAGAGUGGACAAUUGACCCCCCAAGCAAAAAAAAAAAAAAAAAAAAAUCAUAGGAUUGUAAGAAAGAAAGACACUUUUAAUUAUAAUAAUUUAGGCCUCCUAAUUCUCCUCGUCUUGUUCUCUCUUUUGGUCUCCAAACAAACAAGAAAAACACAAAACAAAUAAUAGCCUAAAAGAAGAGAAGGAAAAGGAGAAGGAAAUGGAACUUUCAAGUCAUGAAGAGGAGAUCCCCAUUCCAAUAAACAGUAGUUAUGGUGGGGCACAUGGACAUGGGCAUGGGCACAUGAUCCAUCAUGAUCAUCCUGCAACCCACAACCACAUCAUCCCUUCCUCAGCUCUCCAAAUGCCCUCCAAUAAUGGCUCCUCCUCCAUACCCUCAGCCCUGGAGGACCACCAUGCUCCCUUCAAGAAAAUGGUGAGGUACAGAGAAUGCCUCAAGAACCAUGCAGCUGCUAUGGGAGGCAAUGCCACUGAUGGGUGUGGUGAGUUCAUGCCUAGUGGUGAAGAAGGUAGCAUUGAAGCUCUCACAUGCUCAGCCUGCAAUUGUCACAGAAACUUCCACAGGAAAGAAAUAGAAGGGGAAGCCUCCUCUUGUGAUUGCUACCAUAGCAACCCACAUUUCAGCAGGGUUGGAAGGAGAGUCAUUUUAGGCCAUCACAAGAACAUAUUAGCACCUGAAGCUUUAGGGUAUGCUGCAGCUGCAGGAACCUUUGUGCCCUCAAGAGCAGCAGCUACUCCCCACCCCCAGAUGAUACUGUCUUACAACAUGAGUUCCCUUCCUUCUGAGUCUGAUGAGCAAGAAGACGGUGGUGGGGUAAUAAUGGCCAGGCCUGCACAACUUGUGAAGAAAAGGUUCAGGACAAAGUUCACACAGGAACAGAAGGAGAAAAUGCUCAACUUUGCAGAGAAAGUUGGUUGGAAGAUACAAAAGCAAGAAGAAGCUGUGGUGCAACAGUUCUGCCAAGAGAUUGGAGUCAAGAGAAGAGUUCUCAAGGUUUGGAUGCACAAUAACAAGAAUAAUUUAGCCAAGAAGAACCCUCCUUCUCCUAUUACUACUACUACUACUGUUUAGUUAUGAAGAUUAUCAACUCAAAAACUUCAUUCGCUCCCUCUAAUCAGUUUGUGUUUUAGCCCUACUUAAUUACUAUUAGCUAAAAGAAUUUUUACCUUUUUUCUUUACAAUCUUUUUUCAUAUUAUUAUAUCUUUCUUUUUGGGUAUGUUUCUCUGAGUUCUCUUUAUAUUUAAAAUAAUAUUGGUGGUGCAUGUAAUGUUAAUUAGUUUAGAAAAACUGAGUUUGGUCGAGUUAAUUUCAUC